CAGCCCCACCUCCGGCGGACGCGGCGCGGGCUCCUUCUCCACAGACGGCCUCGCGCCUCGCGCCCGGCGGCCCCCGGGCCCUUCUGAGGCGGCCGCCACCUGCUCGGGCCCAGCGCUGUUCGACGCCGCCAUGGCCCCCCGCGGCCCACCCGCCUGCUCGGGCCCGGCCCGGCCCCGGGAGAGGUAGCGGCGGGCGGGGCCGAGGGGACGGCGAGCUGCGGGCGGGCCUCGGGUCACCGCCGGGAGCUGCCGCUGCUCCGCUGCUGGAGCCGGGAUGGCGGUGCUGGGCGGCCCCGUCCUGCGCGGCUCCGGGCGGACGUGAAGCCAGACCUGCGUUGCUUUGGCCUUCGCUAUCCCAAUGCUAUGCAAAAGAAAAGGAGAAAGAGGAAAAAAAAAAAAAAAGAAGGAAACCUUGACACUGGUUGCGGUGGGAAUGAGCGUCCCCUGCCCGGGGUGAGCCUGAGCGCGGUUUGGUGUCUGUGAGGCGGACUGGUUCUCCUUGGUGGAAGACACGCCGCCUUCGAGGAGGUGAAACCUCGGCGUCGCUCAUUAACGCCUGGUUGGAACUUUUAAUUCCUUUGUGUUUUUUUUUCGUAAAGCUGCCUGCUGCUGCCUGCGGGGUCUGUGCUCUGCUGGUGCUGCUCUCCUGAGACUUCACUGCGCCCGCCUGGCACGGGGGCACCGAACUGUAGGGCUGGAAGGGGUCUGGAGAGCAUCCGACCCAAACGUUCUCCUUCAGAGCCCCUUCCCAGCCUGGAAGAUCGGGGAUCACAGACUUCCGCAGAAGCUUCUUGUCCUGGGAGAGGCUGCCCAGAGUUGCUUUAUGGGGCAGCAGCCUGGAAAAGUUCUUGGGGACCAAAGGAGGCCGAGUCUGCCUGCCCUGCACUUCAUCAAAGGAGCAGGGAAGAAGGAGUCAUCGAGGCAUGGGGGCCCGCACUGCAAUGUCUUUGUGGAACACGAAGCCCUCCAGAGGCCAGUCGUGUCAGAUUUUGAGCCCCAGGGGCUGAGUGAAGCUGCUCGCUGGAACUCCAAGGAGAACCUCCUGUCCUGUCCCAGUGAAAAUGACCCCCACCUCUUUGUUGCACUGUAUGAUUUUGUGGCGAGUGGGGACAACACUCUCAGCAUAACUAAAGGUGAAAAGCUCCGUGUCCUGGGCUACAAUCAUAAUGGUGAAUGGUGUGAGGCCCAAACGAAGAAUGGACAAGGCUGGGUACCCAGCAACUACAUCACCCCGGUGAAUAGUUUGGAGAAACAUUCCUGGUACCAUGGACCAGUGUCACGUAAUGCUGCUGAGUACCUCCUGAGCAGCGGCAUCAAUGGCAGCUUUCUCGUGCGAGAGAGUGAGAGCAGUCCAGGACAGAGAUCAAUUUCGCUGCGCUACGAAGGGAGGGUGUACCACUACAGAAUAAACACUGCGUCCGAUGGAAAGCUGUACGUCUCUUCAGAGAGCCGCUUCAACACCUUGGCAGAGUUGGUCCAUCAUCAUUCAACAGUAGCAGAUGGGCUCAUCACCACUUUGCACUACCCGGCGCCCAAGCGCAACAAGCCCACUAUUUACGGGGUGUCUCCAAACUACGACAAGUGGGAGAUAGAGAGAACUGACAUCACUAUGAAGCACAAGCUUGGCGGCGGGCAGUAUGGAGAGGUGUAUGAAGGAGUCUGGAAGAAGUACAGCCUCACAGUGGCUGUGAAGACCCUAAAGGAGGAUACCAUGGAGGUGGAAGAGUUCUUGAAAGAAGCUGCAGUAAUGAAGGAGAUCAAGCAUCCGAACUUGGUGCAAUUAUUAGGGGUGUGCACACGGGAGCCUCCUUUCUACAUCAUCACGGAGUUCAUGACGUAUGGGAAUCUGUUGGAUUAUCUGCGUGAGUGCAACCGGCAGGAGGUCAACGCAGUGGUGCUGCUGUACAUGGCAACCCAGAUCUCUUCAGCCAUGGAGUACCUGGAGAAGAAGAACUUCAUCCACAGAGACCUCGCUGCCAGAAACUGCCUUGUAGGGGAGAACCACUUGGUGAAGGUGGCAGACUUUGGCCUGAGCAGGCUGAUGACAGGUGACACGUACACUGCCCACGCUGGGGCCAAAUUCCCAAUCAAGUGGACAGCACCAGAGAGCCUGGCCUACAACAAGUUCUCCAUUAAAUCUGAUGUCUGGGCCUUUGGUGUUCUGCUGUGGGAAAUUGCGACCUAUGGCAUGUCCCCUUACCCUGGGAUCGACCUGUCUCAAGUCUAUGAGCUGCUGGAGAAAGACUACCGCAUGGAGCGCCCUGAAGGCUGUCCUGAGAAAGUGUAUGAGCUCAUGAGGGCAUGCUGGCAGUGGAGCCCCUCCGACAGGCCUUCCUUUGCUGAGAUCCAUCAGGCGUUUGAGACGAUGUUUCAGGAAUCCAGCAUAUCGGAUGAGGUGGAGAAGGAAUUGGGAAAGAAGGGCAUGAGGAGUGUAGUGAGCAAUUUCCUUCAGGCCCCAGAGUUACCAACCAAGACACGAACAUCGAGGAGAGCUGCUGAAAGCAAAGAUGUGAAUGAGGGCUUGGAGACUGCACAUGCUCGAGGCCAGGGAGAAUGUGACCCUCUGGACCAUGAACCUGCUAUUUCUCCUUUGCUGCCACGGAAGGAGAGAGUGGCCCUGGAGAGCAGUUUGAAUGAAGAUGAGAGGCUGCUUCCAAAAGACAAAAAGCCAAACCUCUUCAGUGCCCUUAUCAAGAAGAAGAAGAAGACUGCCCCAACCCCUCCAAAACGGAGCAGCUCCUUCCGAGAGAUGGACGGCCACUCGGACCGCAGGGCGGGUGGGGAGGAGGAGUGCAGGGAUGCUGGCAAUGGAGCUUUCAUUGCUCCUCCCACAGAAGCAGCCGACCCCUCCAAGUUUCAGACCCCAAGCAAUGGGGCCGGUGUCACCAACGGGGUUGUCGCUGGGAACUCUGGGUUUUUGUCUCCCCACUUACGGAAGAAGUCCAGCACGAUGAGCAGCAGCCGGGGGGUGUCUGGUGAGGAGGAGAGCAGUUCCAACUCCAGCAAGCGUUUCUUAAGGUCCUGCUCAGCCUCCUGUGUGCCCCACGGUGCAAAGGACACGGAGUGGAAAUCUGUGACUCUGCCUCGGGAUCUGCAGUCCACAGGACGCCAGUUUGAUUCCUCCACUUUUGGGGGACACAAAAGUGAAAAGCCAGCACUGCCUCGAAAGCGGGCAAAUGAGGCCAAGACUGACAUUGCUGUCAGGGGGACAGUGACCCCCCCUCCACGGCUGCUUAAGAAAAACGAAGAGACCACUGAUGAUGUGUUCAAAGACGCGGAGUCGAGUCCUGGCUCCAGCCCACCCACUCUGACUCCAAAACUUGGCCGUAGGCAACCCGUCGUCCCCCCUUCUUCCAGCGUGCUGCACAAGGACGAUGGAGUCAAAUCCAGUGCCUUAGGUACCACGGCGACAAUGGACCAAGGUUCUGCUGCCAAACCCAACCCUGCUGCAUUUGCAGGUGCCAACAAAGCUUCUGUUGAGGAGCCGCGGCUGAGGAGGCUCAAGCAGACCUCAGAGUUGGCAGGAAAGGACAAAGGGAAGUUAUCGAAGCUGAAGCCAGCCCCUCCAGUUCCACUGUCUUCAUCCUCGGUUGGCAAGCCUGGAAAAGUAUCUCACAGUCCCAGCCAUGAAGCAGCAGCAGAUGUGGUGUCUGGUCCUAAAUCCAAACAGUUGACUCAGGUUGCAGAUGCUGUGAGCAGCGAAGCUGUCAAGCCAAACCAGUCGGGGGAAGGUGUGAAAAAGCUAGGGAUCCCUUCUGUACCAAAGCCACAGUCCUCUACAAAGCUGCUGAUGAGCACAGCAACCUCAGCUGCCUCUUCCUCAUCUGUACCCUCUGCCCCAGGGGGGGACCAGCCGUCAUCUACAGCCUUCAUCCCUCUCAUAUCCACCAGGGUCUCUCUGCGGAAGACCCGUCAGCCCCCAGAGAGGAUUGCCAGCGGCACCAUCACUAAGGGGGUGGUGCUGGAAAGCACCGAGGCUCUACGGCUCGCCAUUAGCAAGAACUCUGAACAAAUGGCGAGCCACAGCACUGUCUUGGAGGCUGGCAAGAACCUCUACACCUUCUGUGUGAGCUACGUGGACUCCAUACAGCAGAUGAGGAACAAAUUUGCCUUUCGGGAGGCCAUCAAUAAGCUGGAGAACAACCUGCGGGAGCUUCAGAUCUGCCCAGCGACGGCUGGCAGCGGCUCUGCGGCCACGCAGGACUUUAGCAAACUGCUCAGUUCCGUGAAGGAAAUCAGCGACAUUGUUCAGAGGUAGCAGAAGCCAGGUUGGAAAAAAAAUAAUAAGUCACAGUGGGCCGAAGUCAACUGUGGAGAGAGUAACAGCAUGUGUGGACUGACCAAGGACUGGGGCGUUUGGGUUUGGGCUGCGCAAAAGGCGCAGACUGUUGAUGGGUGCCCCAGCUCCAAAGAGCAGGGCUGUGUUCAAGAGGCACUUUCCACCCUCUUAGCCCAGAUUCCCUGUGUUUCAUAUACUUGUAAUCGUCUUAUCUGUGGAGUUCCUGCCUUGUGGACUACAAGUCUAAGUGCUGAUGUCACGUCAUGCCUUUUUAGUAAUAUUUUAUUGUUCUGGACAAAAUGUUAAGACUGAAGCCAGACUGAUGGACACUGAGAUGCCAUCCUCCUCAGGAGGACUUCCUACUGCGUUCUGCCCCUCUGCCCCACUGUACACAAGGCUGAGUGUCUGAAUAGCAAUAUACCUAUUGCAUUUCUUGGGAGACCUGCAGCGUGCAUCCCUGGCCCUGAGUCUGACAUUUAACCUGACAUCAAUGCAACAGAUUUGGAGCCUGAGAGAUGAGGGGGGGAAGUUGUUAAUGUAACUUUUAAAAAACGAUAGAAUGCUACAAGUGAUGUUUACUCACGUUCUUCCUAUGAUUCCACCUGCUGCCCUUUGUGUCUAUGUUUUCAGCGUUUCCUUGAUGCUGUUGAGCCCAGCUGAGCUGCCUGGGUUCAAACUGUUACGGACAGCACCCACUGAUGCAGCAGCAUUUGCAGAUCUCCCACGGUAGCACGAGAGGACUGGCAGAGGGCUGAAGGAGGACGCUGCUGGCGUUAUUCAGGCUGGUGCUUGGGGCAGGGGGUGGCAGAGGAGGUGUGGGAGCAGCAGGCUGUGCUGAGCAAAGCAUUGCUCCGUGGGUGACAGGAGGGGGAUAGCUUUGGGCCGAGUUCAAAGAUACCACUGUGCCUGCAGCAGUUGCUUCAGUUAAGCUUGCGCAUCGCAGAUGGGCAAGAACUGCUGUUUCUCUAGUUGUAUUUGCAGCCUUUUCUGUUCUGUGGGCCUGGCUCCUGUUCUCCUGUAGAGACCGGUGCCCUACCCUUGCCAUGCCAGUGCCAGCUCCCUGUGGAGAGCUCGGACACCGGUACUUUGGGGUUGGAACUGUCAUUGCCUUCAUGGCUGCGUGGCUGCACCCAUCGUACGGGGUCUGUGGAGACCGCAGCCACCUCUCUUUGGGUGGAUCUCCCAAGGAGACUGCCCCAAAAUGCUGACAGCAGGGCUGCUGGGCUUCCUGCCCACGGUCCUGUAACCUUCCCAACUGACACAACACAACUGGGAACUAACUGUGACCUGUGAGGACUGUAGUGAAAAAGCAAGGUUUAGAGCUAUUAACAGUGCAAUUUAACUCUUCUUAACAGUUCCAAACAAGAGGAAAAAAAACACAUUUUCUAUGUCCUGUUCCCCAUAACUCUUGUGGCCCCUCUUGUGUAUCUUAAACACUAAUUGCCUUCAAUUGUAUUUUAUGCUGUUCUCUUUGGAACUGACAUUUUGUAUAUGAUUUCCAGUAGUUCACUCUGUGUGUUCACGCCAUUCCUCGCCCUCACAAACAGCCCUGACUUAACCCAUGACAAAUGUUUAAAAGAAAAUACACACUUCUGCCACAGGCUGCCUUUAAAAAUGUAAGAGAAAACAAAACACCUUGGACUGUCUCUUUCCUGGAGGUACUGUUUUUACUUUGAUAACAUAUUGUGCCACUAUAUUAUACAUUUGUAUCUCGUUAUUACACACUUUUGUAGGCUUGUCUUUUUUACAGUGUGUAAAUAGCUCUGUCCUUCAUCUCUGUGAUACUUAAGGGGGUUGUUUCCUCUUUAAUUUGGUCCAGUACAGACUGUUUCUGUACACGACUUUCCAUUCUGCCUCCUCUCUUUCUCUACUUCUCUUUUCUUUUUGUUGUUUUUUGAUUCAUUUUUUUUAUUCCGCCCUCUCUUGUGUAGUAUAUUUAAAAAUAAAUCAAUGUUGAGGAAA